CUCUCUCAUUCCCGUUACAAUCGUUCGCCGUCAAGUACUGUUCACCUCAAAGUGAGGGGGGAAAAAAACGCAAAAAAAAAAAAUCAUAAUUCGACAGUAGAGAUGCGUCACUUGGCGUUUCAUUCCGUUGUUCCGUGUUUAUCAUGCACAAUCCAAUUCCACACCGUUGAUACGAAAUUCUCGCACACUGGUGAAUGUACACCAGCGGGUUAUUGUGAGACGCGCUUACCAUCCGCUAAAUUCACUCACUCAAAUAGCGGCAAGUGUGAAUGAUUUGAGUUACUGAGUUGUUCGUGAUUGUGAGAGUGAUGAGUUGGAUUAUUUAACAGUGCCAAAAGUGAUUGUAAUAAUUCGUAAUUAUUUCAUUCAUAUCUCAGAAUGAUGGAUUAACAAAUUAAUGAAUUAUUUUAAAUGAUUAUGACGGCUACACAAGUGAGUAAACAAAUGACAUGAGGAGUGGUAAUUUUGGCCAGCGCCGUCGAGGGCAGACCAGAACGUUCCGUUUCUACUUAUCGCGGAUGUUGUGCUCCCCGAGGAUUGGGGGUUCAGUUUGAAACACUUGUUUUUUCGGUGUAUAUCUCUCACUCGUUUCUUUCUCUCUCUCUCUCUCUCCUUCUCUCUAUCUGUCUCUGUCUCUGUCUCUCUCGGUGACAGUGUAUUGGCUGUUUGGGCAGUUAGUUCUCAUUCGGUUCAACGCUAGUCGUGACGCGUGUCUCGAGAGCGCGACAAGUGAAUUAAACUGGGAUUCCAACGAGUUUCUUGAGGAUAUUUAGAGGGAAUUGAGCGAUAUUAAGAUGGAGGAGUCCGGAAUCGAUAUGGGAUUUGAUCUUGCUGCGUUAAGCCACGUCAAUGAUUUGGAUAUCGAUAACAGUGACUUUGAUCAGGCCCUGUCAAUGCUAUCGAGUUCACAGGAUUUCUACGAGCUCAAGAGCCGGGCACCAGACACAUGCAGUCCGCCGACAUUCAAAACAGCUACACCAACGUCACGGACACACUUGAAGCUCCAGUUGAUGAGGGAGCAGCUGCAGGAGCAGGAAAGAAAGGAAGCGGAAUUCCGACAGAGUCUGCAACAGCAGAGACCAGCAGCCGCUGCCCCUAGGCUAGUACCACCCACUCAACUAGCGACAAUUGGUGUGGAUGUUCCACCCCAAGUGCUUCAAGUUAGAACACUCCUGGAGAACCCGACUCGCUAUCACGUGGUCCAAAAGCAGAAGAAUCAGGUUCGUCAAUAUUUACAUGAAUCAUUUCGAUCAAAUGAUGGAGACACGACGGAGGGACUUGUUGGAUCCAGUUAUGGUAGUGAGGGUGCAAGUACACCAAUUGACACGGGUCCGUCGCAUAUGCCGAUGGCAGUACAAAGUGCUCCAUCGGGUGCUGUUGAGGGACCUAAACCACAGACCCAACAUCUCGCAUCGUAUCCAUAUGCACCAGCACUACUACCGAGAUUACCCGGAGUCUCAGCCAGUCCAGAUCCCAUCAGUGGUGCUAUGUCGCCGGGACUAUCCAGCGUUGCCACCAGCAAUUCCGAGGCGGAAGAUCUCCUGGACGACAUUCUGUCGUUCGAGACAGGCUCUCUGGGAGGUGGGCUGAAGGAGGGCCAAGCUGGGAGUUUAUCCAGCCUACCAGAUCUUGAAAUAAAACACGAACCACUCCUGCUCACGGAUGCGGAGAUUCAUGCGCUUGCCAAAGAUCGUCAGAAGAAGGAUAAUCAUAAUAUGAUUGAAAGAAGACGAAGAUUCAACAUCAACGAUCGAAUCAAGGAGCUGGGAACAUUGCUGCCGAAAACCAAUGAUCCAUAUUACGAAAUAGUGAGAGACGUAAGGCCAAACAAGGGUACGAUAUUAAAGUCCUCUGUGGAGUACAUAAAAUUACUGAAAAAUGAGCUCACACGGAUGAAACAGAGUGAAACAAGACACAAGCAGCUAGAGCACCAGAAUCGCCGACUAUUAUUACGUGUACAAGAGCUUGAGCUUCAAGCAAAGGCUCAUGGUCUUUCAGUUACAGAUGCAAGUUGGGCAUCAACGUCAGCCAUAGCUGUCAACUCAUUCUCAAGGACUAAGCACGACAGAAGAAAGAUACCGGAGAUGGUCAGUGAAGACACAUCACUCCUGAGUAUGGCACAAUUUGAGGAUCUGAUGGAAGAUGACACGAGUGGUCCAGUCCACGGUGGGGAUCCAAUGCUGUCAUCACCGCAUUUGCCACCCCUGAGUCCACCAGCCCCAGCAUGUCAUCAUCCUCUCCCCGACGAGGACACACUCGGUAGUUUAGCCCCAACAACGUCAAAUUCAUCGUCAGACAUGGACAUUGUUGCAUAGCCACGAGCCCCAAUUCUUACAUACAUACGUGGACACGUAUCACGACCACCAGAGUUAACCAGUGAUAUUGAAAUGGAUCUCUUUGGCUAUCUGGGAAGAACCGAUGUACCGUGAGGAGGAAAACCAUUAAAAUCAUAGUCAUGUACUACGAGUGUGUGUACCCACUUGACUAUACUUUGAAAUUCUUCCCUUUCAGAGUGGCAUCAGUGAUUUAAUCGUAGUUUGAAUCAAUGCAUCUGCUAAAUCAGGGUGAGGUGGACUCCGAUGGGUGGGGAAAUGGGGGUGGGAGGAGAGGAGAAAGGUAGGAAUAUCCAGUGAAUUGGAAAUAGUGCAUUCGGGUGAAGGUGAAAUGCCGACCAAGAGGGAUAAGAGGGUUUCAAGAGUGAACUCUCGAAGGGAAUUGGUGAUUUGGUCUCACUUAUAUUGCUUCCUCAGGACUUGGGAAUUGAAUUUUCUUGAAUUUCUAAAAUAUAUCGUCAAACACUUGACCCUGUUUCUUAGACGUCACCCAACGUGUGUAAAUCAGUGCAGGAAUUUCAACUGGUACGUAUCGUCAGGCACGCUGGACGUGCUGGUGGCAACAUCGUAUAUAAUUUAGUUGAAUUUUUAUGAGUUAAGCAUGAAUUGACUGUGACCGUCAUCCCUUCAAUGUCAUGUUUUUUUUAUUGUGUGGUCUGAGUUCAUAUUUGUGAAUUCUUAAAGUAAUGAGAGGUGUGUUAAAUGGUGUCGGGAGGUUUUCCGCUGAAAGCCGGGGUUGUAAUGGCAGGAAGCCAUUUAAUAGAGCCAAGGUAUACAGUAGACUAUAAAUUUCCCGCUAUUUCGAGAGCAGUAAACUGUGAGGCGGAGAGAAAAGAAAGUUGCAUCAUGCCAGGGUUUUUUUAUUUGUGGAUUUUUAUUUAAAUUGCAAGGGGAUUGCGACAUUUGCAUUUUAGAAAUUUUUAGAUGAUGCGCUCGAGUGCUGCAAGUUUUUUUCAGAAAAUUUCUCAACUUGAGGAGCCUCCGGCAGGAUUAAAACACUCCUCCUUUUCAUCCAGUGCAAACAGUCAAUCUCCCUAUGUGAAUUUCACUUGCGCAAGUGUUACAUACACUGAGAAAAAAAUAUAGCUCUAUCAAAACACGAAUAUUCACCUAAAUGCGAUCUUCCUUCUUCUUCUCGAUCCCUCCCAGGACCAACGAUCACUGCAGUAGUGAAAAUCAAAAACCGAAUUGAAUACAGUUGAUUAUUUUUCCCACCCAAAUUUCAGCCAAUAGAAUUGCACCAUUUGUUGAUAUUUUGUAUAGCCUACCUCGAAUAUCAGCGAUAAUUUUUUGAAUAUUUUGGUAAACAAACGACACUUAACCAAAUAAACCUCUUUUCAUGUCAUGGCACAAUUCUCUUGGCCGAAAUUUGGAUAGGAAAAAUAAUCCCCUGAAUACCACUCGAGCUUCAAAAUUAUAGAAUAUUUCCCUCUAGGUUCCCUGCAUACAAAUGAAGUCGUCAAGUUUUUCAGGAAAAAUCACUCGUGCUUCGCACUCGUGAUUUUUUAGCCUGAAAAACUUGACUCCUUCAUUUGUUUGCAACGAAUCUAUCGGGAAAUAUUCGAUAAUUUUGAACCACUUGUGGUAUUAUAUGUGAUUAUUUUUCCCACCCAAAUUUCAGCCAAUAGAAUUGCACCAUUUGUUGAUAUUUUGUAUAGCCUACCUCGAAUAUCAGCGAUAAUUUUUUGAAUAUUUUGGUAAACAAACGACACUUAACCAAAUAAACCUCUUUUCAUGUCAUGGCACAAUUCUCUUGGCCGAAAUUUGGAUAGGAAAAAUAAUCCCCUGAAUACCACUCGAGCUUCAAAAUUAUAGAAUAUUUCCCUCUAGGUUCCCUGCAUACAAAUGAAGUCGUCAAGUUUUUCAGGAAAAAUCACUCGUGCUUCGCACUCGUGAUUUUUUAGCCUGAAAAACUUGACUCCUUCAUUUGUUUGCAACGAAUCUAUCGGGAAAUAUUCGAUAAUUUUGAACCACUUGUGGUAUUAUAUGUGAAUAUUUUGUUCUCACUGCUUAAUUUUCCAAUCUGCCUAUCUUUUCAUAGUAUUUCUUUGAUCAAAAAAUUUACCUUUUUUCUAUGAGCUAAACCACAUGUGGUACUCGCCUCGUGUAUUAAAUUAAUAAUUCAUGUCUAUAUUCCUCCGAUACUAUUGACUCGAGGAAUUGAGGCCGAUUACGCGUUCCAAUGCAUGUCAUGUAUUUCAAUUCGUAGGCACACUUUGACCCAUUCUUUUCGUGUUUCAAUUUCAUAAAUUAAGAGAAUAAAAUUAUCAGGGAUACUGUAGUCACAGGUACCAUGAUAUUUCUACAAAUAUGGGACAGUGAAAAACAAAUGCCAAGUGCAAUCCUGGAAAAAAAACUGUCAAUUUUCCGUUAAAAUGUAUUUAGCUAAAUAGACUAGAAUUUGCGAAGUAUUUUAGAUAAAUUUUUAUGCCUCUCGCCUACAAAACUCAUGUUAGUUAGUGUAAAUAUUAUGAUAUUAAGUGAAAAAAUGAAAUCCCCUGUGGUGUAUCCGCAGUUCUUUGCAUUGUAAACUUUUGAAAUUUGUAUAUGUGAGGUAUGAGACAUUUGUUUACGAAAUGCCUUCAAUCUUUUAUCCCCUCUGGGGGAGAAACUAAGGAAAAAUAAUACCCACAUUCACCUACGUGACCCGACUCUGUCACACGGCGAAUGAUAUGAGAGAAACGUUAAAGUUGUUGUUUUAUUUUUCAUUAGUUUAUAGUAUAACUAUUUGUUUGUGUGAGGUGAAAUGAGGAACGAAUUACUGUAUUGUUAAUACCUAAUGUUGAUUACAUGAAAUAUUUUAUUAUGGAGAACAGAUGCAAUUUAGUGAGAUUGACUUCAUUAAUGAGGGGUUGGAAUGUCGUCUGAUACUUUCAGCCUCGGAACAUGAAAAAAAAAAAUUGUUACCGAAUUGUAUCGCAGUUAUGUUGCGAUGAGAUUAAAUGCCUGAGAAAGCUCUCAGGCAAAAAGAAAUAACGUUACAAAAAAAAAAUCUGAAGUAAAGUAAAAAAUUGUGAUUUUUUCAUUUUUUAUU